UUCUCCCGCGAUCGCGGAUGGCGACUUUUCCGAGUCAUUAAAGCGUGGCCGCUCGCUCGAUGACUUGGUCCGCAGUUUCGCACCGCUAGUUUAAGUCGAGAAACGAUCGGCUAUCCUGUCUCGAGGGAAUUAGCGGGCACCCGACCGGACAAGUACGCGCAGGCAUUUCUUCCGACUUAAGGCGCUCUGAAAAUGUGCGCCCAAAUACAAGGCGCUUUUCCGAGUUUUCCUUUUUCGCUUACUUAGGCACGGAUUUCGAGACUUUUGAGCUUUACAACGUGCAGUGGAUGUGUUUUCAGUGGAUUUGAGGGGGAUUUCUAGGGGAGGCCAUGGAGGUACAGACAGUGGAAACAUGCGAGCCUGCUCCUCAAGAUGAAAAAGAGCUGGAAAGAAGGGUGCUGGACAGGAUGGAGAGACUUUUAAUCGAGGGAUCGGAAGAACCAGUCAAUCUGAAGCAGACUGGGCAGCUACCGCCAUGGUACGACUCAAAAAAGUUCAAAAAAGGCCAGGAAUUUUUUCAUCGAAAUUAUUUUGCACUUUUUGUUUCAAAACUGGCCGGACUGAUUUUACUCCUUUCAAAUCAAAACAUGUUACGAGUGUUAAAACUGACUAAUAAAUCCUCCAACAAAUUGACAGCUUUCAAAAGGUAUAUGGGCACCAUUCGGCACAUGCUCUCAUGGUACGAUGGCGAUCUUCAAACAAGCGGCUCCAGCGCGCACAUGUCCUUGAUGACCGUUCGAGGGUUCCAUUGUGCGGCGAGUAAUAAGGCUGCGUCGGUGGGUUUCGGGCACAUCUCUCAAAGAGACAUGGCGUUCACCCAAUUUGGCUUCAUGGGCUUCAGUUUACUCAAGUUCGAUAUCCUUGGGCUGGUCGGAACACCAGAGGAGAUCGAAGGGUUCAUACACUUUUGGAGGACCAUUGGCUACUUACUCGGAAUCAGCGACGAGUACAAUUUAUGCGGAGGAAGCAUAGAGGAGACCAGAGAACUAUGCCGAAUACUGCUGGAGCAAAAUUUUGUCCCCGAUUUAGAAAAAAAUCCGCCAGACUUCGUCGAAAUGUCGACGGCGCUGAUGGAGGGAAUGCGGGCUGUGAUCCCGGCCGUGGACAAAUACGCCUUCCUGGGUUUCACAUACUUCCUGUGCGGUUUGGAAUUCAAACAGCUCCUCGUCACUUUUCUCAGUCGCUGCAUCUGCUACUACCACAUAUUCUGCCAUAAACUCCUGUCCACCCCGUGCCUCCAUAUCGUCUUCAGGCCUUGCUUCAACUACCUCGUUCGUCUCGGGAUAUACUGUGUCGAGAAGUUCCCCUCUAUAACGUUUUUCUACUUCGGUCAAAAAAUUAACUGGAAGGACGAUGAUCUCACCAACCUGAAAUUAGUUCAUUGA